CUCCUCGCUCUCCACUCAAUCCUCUUUAUCAUCUUGUCAUCCUCAUGCCCCCACGAGGGCGAGGCCGCGCAACACGCACCACUGCGCGCGCCUCAAACUCCAUCUCUCACACACAAGACUCGCUCCAGCUCCAAGACUCUGACCUCUCCAGCGCACCCCUCACAGGUCAUCACAACCUGGUCCUCGCGCACUCCGGCGCGCCCACCGAUGCCGAGUUCCGCACAGCCCAUCUUACUGGCCUCGAGGCCAUCUCUGAUGCGACCAACGCGUUGCGUAAGCCGCUCAUCCCCGUCCGUCCGUGGAGGCGCCUCUGGGAUCCCAGCACUUCACACCAUCCGCAUCACUACAAUGCUGUCGCGAGCUCUGAUGGCGUCGAGUGGCGGUCAGCCCCGCUAGCGUAUCCCUGUUCAUGCAAUCUCCCAACGUGGUCGUGCGUGUACGCUCCGCCCUUCUUACCACCCACAGCGCGCGAUCUGCCGGCUCUUCCACCACACCCCGAUAUUGGGCACCUGCCCCGUUUUGGCAGUGAUGUUCCAGACUGGUCUGACUUUGGCACGGAGGGCGACCUCGACCCGGCACUCGAUGACAUGGCCGAGUUCGAGCUGGUGUGGCCGACAGCAACCCCGUGGCGAAGAGACAAGGGCAAGGGGCGCUCUGCGCCCAGCUCGCCACGAUUCGUGACCCAGUGCUCGCCCUCGUCACAUUUCUGUGAUCGUCCCUCACCUCCGUCCUCGCUGAACUCUGCUGUGGACUCUCGCUCCAAGAAGCGCCCGCCUUCGUCUUCGUUCAAGCACCCACCACGGCGCGAGCGCAUUCUACCGCCCUCGCCGCCUGGUGUUCACCGCGCUCCACCUUCCUCCGCGCUGUCGACACCCUCAAGAAAAGAUCUUCCCCUCCCCAAUGACUACGUCAAGGACGCACGCGUGCGCCGUGCUUGGUGGCGAGAUACCGUGACUGUCGGUUGUGGUGCGUUUUGGAAAUGCAUCUCCCGGCCAGUGUAUCCUGCCCCUGCCAUUCGCCGGCCACCCCUCCUCGAGCGCGACGAUGCUUUUCGUCCGCCGCGCAAUCUCGCAAGUUUGAAUCACCCACUGCACCCGGAUGUGGCCCACUACUGCAAGCAUGCCCGGGCGAGGGUGUACUGGUUGAUUCCCAUCCAUGGACCCGUGAUCAUACCUGGCCUCGAGGAUCCCGUGACAAAUGAUUCGGCGCGGCCAUGGGCGUCGCGUGCCGAAUUUGAUGCCAGGGCGAGCGAAUCAUCGCGCUCCAAACCCAUUGUGGUGAGAUGGACUCCAGCUCUCCUCAACGCUUUCCUCAAAGAGCGGUUCGAACCUGCAUGGCGCGACCCCUCGCAGUACGGAGCGCUCCACCUGGCCUUCUCUGGCCCCAAGCCCGACCCUUAUCUCGCGUUGCCGCCCUCAGCACCGCUCGCAGCGCACCAAUACGUCCCACCCCAUGCGAGGGAGCGGACCCCGGUCCGCGUCGAGGUUGGCGAUCACUUGCGGAUCUAUUGUGACGCCGCGCUCGCACUGAGCAUCCGCACGUGGUUGCACUGGUGGGAGACGGAGGGUCGGAGGCCUUUUGAGGGGGCGCGCUUUGCAUUGAUCGGUCCCAGAGGAGAGGUGUUAGUCGUGGCAUAGCCGUGUAGCCUUUAGUUUGUGACUUUACUGUAUCGUCCGGUUAUUAUCAGUUUGUUGAGGCUGAUGUGAUGGCACGU